CCGCGCCCGCACCGCACGCAUGAUCGACCGAGCACACGAUGCUGCGGCAUGCGAUGCGAUGCCCGGCCUCCGGUUCGGUUCAUGCUCUCUCGCCCGCCCGCCUCGGCGCCCAUCCCUCUCCCCUCCCACCUGUCCAUACAUCGCCGCACCGCACCUCCUCCCCGCGUCUCUAUCUACGCCCACGUCCAGCCAUAUAGAUAGCUAGCAGCACGCAUUCCCAUCACGAAUCCUCCUCGGGCUUGGCCGAAUUCCCACGCCAACUCCACACGGCACCAGAUUCGCGCCGCACCGUGCCCGCCAGCCGGCCGGCCGCGCGCUCGCGCUCGCGCUCUAGCCAGAGCUAGCUGCGGCACGCACCCCAUUGCUGCGUCGGGAGACACGCCGCCACUUGAUCGGCAACGAGAGGAAGCUAGCUAGCUAGCUUGCUUCGCUAACUAGGAGGCGAGGAGCGCGCGUCACCGGACGGAAGCGAGAGCUCGCUGGAGAUCAUCAUGUUCGAGGGGAUGGAGCGGGCGGGGUACGGCGUGGGCGCCGGGGUGGUGCUGUCGCGGGACCCCAAGCCCCGGCUGCGCUGGACGCCCGACCUGCACGAGCGCUUCGUCGAGGCCGUCACCAAGCUCGGCGGGCCCGACAAGGCGACGCCCAAGUCGGUGCUGAGACUGAUGGGCAUGAAAGGGCUCACCUUGUACCACCUAAAGAGCCAUCUUCAGAAAUACAGGAUGGGAAAGCAGAGCAAGAAAGACACAGGCUUCGAAACCAACAGAGGAGCCUUCGCCGCGCAGGGCAUCAGUUUCUCCUCUGCGGUGCCUCCAAACGCUCCGUCCGCUGGGAACAGCAACAUGGGAGAAACGCCGCUCGCGGACGCGCUAAGAUAUCAAAUCGAAGUCCAAAGGAAGCUGCACGAACAGCUCGAGGUUCAGAAGAAGUUGCAAAUGCGCAUCGAGGCGCAAGGGAAAUACCUGCAAACGAUCCUGGAGAAGGCCCAGAAGAACCUCUCAUACGAAGCAGGCGGAGACGCAAACCUAGAGACGACCAGGUCGCAGCUCACCGACUUCAACCUAGCACUCUCGGGGUUCAUGGACGACGCGACGCAGGCGUGCCAGCAGAACGAUGGAGAGCUGGCCAAGGCCUUGUCCGAGGACAGCCUCAGAGCCGGCAACCUGGGCUUCCAGCUCUACCAUGGAGUCCAGGACGGCGAGGACGUGAAAUGCGCCACGGACGAGGACCUGCUCCUGCUGGACCUGAACAUCAAGGGCGGGUACGAUCAUCGGCUGUCCUCCCACGGCAUGCGGCGCGGCGCCGUGGAUCUUGCCGUCGGCCAGCACAGAAGGUAAAUGUGUUUCAGUAGAAGGGCGAGCUUAGUUUGAUUCGAGGGUUGAGUUCCCUACGAGAGAUACUUUUGGCGGUCCCGAGGGAUGCUGGUUUGCGGUUGCUGGUCCCGCGUACGUAUGCUAAUGUGAAAAAUCUGUGGAAAUUAAGAUCGAGGCUUCGAAUAAAUGUAGCUAGAUAACCAUCGAGUGUGAGAUCUGAUUACACUGUAUACGUACUUCCUGCAAUUCUAAUCGACUAGAAACAUAGCAUCAUGGGGUGUUUUUGCUGC